AGCUGGUAUUUGUUCCGCCCACCGGUCAGUCCGGUUCCGUUUCCGGCUGACAGUACGGUGGGCUCCGAGGUCUUAGCUCUCCGGUGGUCGCAAUGGGGAAGUCGGAUUUCCUUACUCCUAAGGCUAUCGCCAACAGGAUCAAAUCCAAGGGGCUUCAGAAGCUGCGCUGGUAUUGCCAGAUGUGCCAGAAGCAGUGCCGGGACGAGAAUGGCUUUAAGUGUCAUUGUAUGUCCGAAUCUCAUCAGAGGCAACUAUUGCUGGCUUCAGAAAAUCCUCAGCAGUUUAUGGAUUAUUUUUCAGAGGAAUUCAGAAAUGACUUUCUAGAACUUCUCAGGAGACGCUUUGGCACUAAGAGAGUUCACAACAACAUUGUUUAUAAUGAAUAUAUCAGCCACCGAGAGCACAUCCAUAUGAAUGCCACUCAGUGGGAGACUCUGACUGAUUUUACCAAGUGGCUGGGCAGAGAAGGCUUGUGUAAAGUGGAUGAGACACCGAAAGGCUGGUACAUUCAGUAUAUAGACAGGGACCCAGAAACUAUCCGCCGGCAACUGGAACUAGAGAAAAAGAAGAAGCAGGACCUUGAUGAUGAAGAAAAAACUGCCAAAUUUAUUGAAGAGCAAGUGAGAAGAGGGCUGGAAGGAAAAGAGCAGGAAGCUCCUGUUUUUACAGAAUUAAGCAGAGAAAAUGAUGAAGAAAAAGUGACAUUUAAUUUGAAUAAAGGAGCAUGUAGUUCAACAGCAACAUCUUCCAAGUCAAGUUCUUUGGGACCAAGUGCACUAAAGGUGAUAGAGACUGCAGCAUCAGUGAAACGGAAAGAAUCUUCCCGGAGCUCAGCUCAACCAAAAGAAAAGAAAAAGAAAUCUGCACUUGAUGAAAUCAUGGAGAUUGAAGAGGAGAAGAAAAGAACUGCCCGGACAGACUACUGGCUGCAGCCGGAAAUUAUCGUGAAAAUUAUAACCAAAAAACUUGGAGAGAAAUAUCAUAAGAAAAAGGGCAUUGUUAAGGAAGUAAUUGACAAAUACACAGCUGUUGUAAAGAUGAUUGAUUCUGGAGACAAGCUGAAACUUGACCAGACUCAUUUAGAAACAGUAAUUCCAGCACCAGGAAAGAGAAUUCUCGUUUUAAAUGGAGGCUACAGAGGAAAUGAAGGUACCUUAGAAUCCAUCAAUGAGAAGACCUUUUCAGCUACUAUAGUCAUUGAAACUUUCAGCAAGUGUGAAUAUUUGGGGGGAAUAAUAGACGCCUUGGAGAGUCUGAUGGAAGUUUUGAACUCUCUCCAAAAAAUUGGUCCUUUAAAAGGACGCAGAGUUGAAGGAAUUCAAUAUGAAGACAUUUCCAAACUUGCUUGAGUUUGAAAAUUUAUUAACAUUAAAAUCCUAAAGCAUCAAA